UGCGCUGCGCCGACCGCUCUAGCAACCCCUGGCUGUCACGCUUUGGUUUCCGGCUCCGUUCCGGCGGGUCUGAGCGCUGCGACUCCCGGAGAAGAACUCUGCACGUGGAGAAGAUCGGGGACUCCGCGACCGUGCCCUCCGGUCCCUCAUGUUCGAAGAGCCUGAGUGGGCCUCGGCGGCCCCAGUAGCCGCGGGCCUUGGGCCAGUAAUCUCACGACCUCCUCCUGCGGCCGCCUUGCAAAACAAAGGCUCCAAGUGCCGCCAGCUCUUGGCCACAUUACGGGCCCUAGAGGCAGCAUCUCUUUCCCAGCAUCCCCCCAGCCUACCUAGCAGUGACUCUGAGGAGGACGAGGAGGAAAGGAAGAAGAAAUGCCCCCAAAAGGCAUCGUUUGCCAGUGCCUCUGUUGAAGUAGGGAAGAAAGGGAAGAAGAAAUGUGAAAAACAGGGCCCACCUUGCAGUGACUCUGAGGAAGAAGUGGAAAGGAAGAAGAAAUGCCACAAACAGGCUCUUGUUGGCAGUGACUCUGCUGAAAAAGAGAAAAGAAAGAGGAAGUGCCAGAAACAUGCCCCUAUAAAUUCAGCCCAGCACCGGGAUGGUGUUGACCAAACAGGUCCCAAAGCCUGGAAGGGUAGUACUACAAAUGAUCCACCGAAGCAAAGCCCUGGGUCCAUUUCCCCUAAACCCCCUCGUACAUUAAGCCGCAAGCAGUGGCGGAACCGGCAAAAGAACAAAAGAAGACAUAAGAACAAGUUUCGGCCACCUCAGGUGCCAGGCCAGGCUCCAGCUGAGGCCCCCACAGAGAAGACAGAGGUGCCUCCUGUCUCCAGGACAGACAGCCAUGAGGCUCGGGCAGCGGAUUUGCGAGCCCGCAUGGCACAGCGGCUGGAUGGCGCCCGAUUUCGCUACCUCAAUGAACAGCUGUACUCAGGGCCCAGCAGUGCUGCACAGCGUCUCUUCCAGGAAGACCCUGAGGCUUUUCUUGUCUACCACCGCGGCUUCCAGAGCCAGGUGAAGAAGUGGCCACUGCAGCCAGUGGACAGCAUCGCCAGGGAUCUUCGCCAGCGGCCUGCAUCCCUAGUGGUGGCUGACUUCGGCUGUGGAGAUUGCCGCUUGGCUUCAAGUAUCCGGAACCCUGUGCAUUGCUUUGACUUGGCUUCUCUGGAUCCUCGGGUCACUGUGUGUGACAUGGCCCAGGUUCCUCUGGAGGAUGAGUCUGUGGAUGUGGCUGUGUUUUGCCUUUCACUGAUGGGAACCAACAUCAGGGACUUCUUAGAGGAGGCAAAUCGAGUACUGAAGCCAGGGGGUCUCCUGAAAGUGGCUGAGGUCAGCAGCCGCUUUGAGGAUGUUCGGACCUUUCUUCGGGCUGUGACCAAGCUGGGCUUCAAGAUUGUCUCCAAGGACCUGACCAACAGCCAUUUCUUCCUGUUUGAUUUCCAAAAGACUGGGCCCCCUCAGGUAGGACCCAAGGCUCAACUUUCAGGCCUGAAGCUUCAUCCAUGUCUCUACAAGCGCAGGUGACCUCUGGAUCUUCCUUGAAAGGGGAGGCAGAGCUCAAACUCCAGGCUCACAACUGUGAAGACUAUUUCCAGCCCGGCUAUAAGCCAAGACCUGGUUCCUGGUGGACCCCGAGGACAAAGUGUGAUAAAACCUCUGACUCAGCCGGGCACGUUGGCUC